AGCUGACAGACUGACAGCAGGAGGAGACUCUCUCUCUCUCUGUAACUCUAAAUUAACUCAGGACCAAACACCCGGACCGAGCUCCAGCCCGGUCUAAACUUGCAGAAACGGUCUAAAUAACACCGGAUUAGAGUUUACUUCACCUUAACGCUGUUUUGGAGUCUUUUGUGAGCAGGAAACUCCGAGAAAGAGGAGGAAAAGAGAGGAGUGAGGGAGUUAGCCUUGAGAGGUUAGCUGUAGCGUUAGGGUUAGUGUUGGGUAGUUAGCAUGCUGCUCGCUAGGUUAACGUUAGGUUAGCUCUGCUGAGAUUAGUUUACUGUAGUCUGUGGGAUUAGCUGAAGUUGUCAGUUGUUAACUCUAUAGCUAGUAAACCAGUCAAUUUAGAGCGUUUUUGGGACUUACUUUCUACUAAAGCGAGACUGCGGUUGAUAAAAAAAGCGAAGGAAUCUACCAAAGAGCUUUUCCUCUCCAUAACAAAGUGCUGGAAAUGAGGAGCUGUGUGGAAGUCAUCCCUCAUCACCAGCAACAGCAGCAACGCCGCUAAACUAAACCUAAACUUAAAAUUAAAACCUUAAACUAAGCUAACCUGGGAUACUGUCGGAAACUCCAGCACUGCUGAGGUGAGGAUGUAGUGUGAUGGCAAAAUGGCAAAGCAACUGGAAGCUUAGUAGAUUCUUGAAUGCUAUCCUACUCAACGAUGGCACACAUGGCCCUGGAGCUUCCUCCAGUGAUGAGUGUGCAGUGAGGACUGGUUUUCACUGUGGCCUGGUCUGGUCGCCAUGCUGGCCCUGGGAGUAGACUAUGGAAAACCAGGUGGAGGAAGAGAAGGAGGAAGAGGGGGAGGAAGAGGAAGAGGAAAGACGUCGACGGCUUGGCAGUCUCCCGUUAAGGAGAGGUUGCCGGCACGGGAGAGCGGAGUCAACAUCAAACAGAAGAUUUCCCAGUGGGAGGGGCUUAGCCAGUCAGAUGAUGGACAUGGAGGUAAACCCAACACCCACGGCACCCCGGUCUCUCGCACUCUCUCUGGGGACGUGCUUGGAAAUGGAUUUUUCUCUGAAGACAAGUGUGACAGACUACGCAAAAAAACGAAUCUGUCUAAAGCUAUAAGCCUAGGCUUGGAUUUCAGGGAAAACCAGGUCAGUCACAGUCAGUUUACAGCAGGACGCAAGUCCGAUCCGCAUCAGGACCGAGCAGCACGUUUAAACAGAGUCGUAACCUCAACCCCUGUGUCUAAGCUAUCACUAGUUUCCACUCAAACCCAACAUACCCAACCUCCUUCCAACAAACCGAAGAGCAUUAACAGUGACUCCAGUGGCAACUUCACAGACAUUGAUGUCACAUCUCUACCUCAGUGUGUAGAAGACCCUGAGGAUUCUCUUCCUCCGGGUAAUUUUUACACCUCCCGGGGUUUUUGGAGGAGGCUGGAGGGCGAGGAAUCGUUCUGGGACAAAGAGAGAGAUUCCUCGCCCCUGUCGAAGCGCCUCUUCUCAUUUGAAGCUGCAGUGAGCCCAGCAGACCCGAACGUACCGCCGCCUAAACCACAGCGCACAUUCCAGUAUCGAGGAGCUGAAAGCCCACCUGCACAUUCGGGCCAGUGGGAGAAGCAGACUUCUCCUGUGAGCCAAUUCAGACCGGGAACAAGGCGUGAUGUCAUACGUCCUCCCAGCGGGCCUCCUCCUCCGUGUCCGGUCUCUCCGACUAAUGGCUUUUCCAGAAACAGAAGGAACAGGAAGUCGUUCGAGUUUGAGGACGUGGUCCGGCUGGCAGCUCAGCAGGGCUCCAGAGGGACGGCGGAGGCUCGGCGCUCGGGACUGUACCAUGCCCGGUCUGAGGACAGCAUCUAUGAAGACAUCAUCUCGGACAUCCCGAGGGAGAACCCAUAUGAGGACAUCAAACUGUCUCCUAUGUGUCUGCCCAUCAUGCGGUCUCGAAACUGGACUGUUACACAGAGACCUUCCCCUCGCACGCCAAAGCUGCCUCCCAAACCCCUCACGUUACGAGCCAACGCAGACAGGCUGCAUGAGGAACAGUGGGACUUCAAGCAUUCAGUGACUUCUCCAUUUCAAACGUCUAAGUUAAGCACACCUAAACCAUCAGCAUCCAAACACGCUACAGCCUACAGAACUCAGCGCCAGCCUCAGUAUGUGAGCAGGAUACAAGAGAUCUUCCAGGCAAAGAGGGGGUGGAAGAGGGUGAAAAGCCAGACGAGCACCAGCAGAGAUGAGCUGAGUGGAACAGAGAGUGAUCCAGAAGACAGCACUAAAGGUGGCUCUCAGCGGCUGGUGUAUGUUCAGUCCACUUUGAAGAGGAGACCAGGGUAUCGAACUCUAGAGAGGGACCUGAUCCAGCUGCAGCAGGAACAACUCUUCCAGCUGUUUGUGGUGGUGUCACUAAGAAAACGGUCCCCUGGAAAUACCUACUACCCAGAGGUCACACAGCAGUUCCCCACCAAGUUUGAGAAAUCCUCUCGGUUGUCUCGUGAAGCCGAGGAUCGCCUAAAGGCUAUUCCCAGUUUCUGCUUCCCAGAUGCCCAGGACUGGAGGCCGUCUGCAGACGCUAACAGCGAGACGUUUUCCUUUGUCCUGACGGGGGAGGAUGGGAGCCGCUGGUUUGGUUACUGCCGCAAGAUACUGCCCUGUGGAAAGGGGAAGAGGCUGCCCGAAGUCCACUGCAUCAUCAGCAGGCUGGGUUGCUUCAAUUUGUUCGCAAAGAUACUGGAGGAGGUGAAGAGAAGACGAGAGAUUGCUCCAGCGCUGGUACAUCCGUUUAUGCGCAGUGUAAUGGAGGCGCCGUUUCCAGCACCAGGUCGCACAAUAACUGUCAAAAGUUUCCUGCCUGGUUCUGGCAAUGAGGAGCUGACUCUGUGUCGGCCCGUGGACUCGCGGCUGGAACAUGUGGAUUUUGAGAGUCUGCUGCAGUGUCUGAGUGUCGGCCGGCUGCUGCAGGUCUUUGCUUCGCUUCUGCUGGAGAGGAGAGUCAUCUUCGUCGCAGACAAACUCGGCACUUUGUCUCGCUGUGCUCACUCUGCCCUGGCGCUGCUCUACCCGUUCACCUGGCAGCACACCUUCGUGCCCGUGCUGCCCGCCAGCAUGCUGGACAUCAGCUGCUCUCCCACCCCCUUCCUCCUGGGGGUUCUCUCACCGUCUCUGCCUCAGCUGCUGGACCUGCCCAUCGAAGAGGUGCUCAUCGUGGACCUGUGUGCGGACAAGUUUGUGGUUCAGCUGGGAGACGAGGACUGUAUCCUUCCCAGUAAACUACAAGCAGCCCUACAGGAAGUCCUGGAGAAUCGGGAGGAGAUACUGGAGCACAGUGAAGAUGACAGGAGAGGAGUGGAGUGUGAUCUGAGUGCUCUGGUGUCGGAGGCGUUUGUGCGUUUCUUCGUGGAGCUGGUGGGACAUUAUUCUCUGCACAUUGGCGAGACGGGGACGAGCAGCGGCGUCCGCGAGCUGAACAGAGACACGUUCAGGAAGUCUCAUCCGUCCCGCAGGGUCCGCCAGUUCCUCCAGCUCUUCAUGGACACACAGAUGUUCGCUGGCUUCAUCCAGGACCGAGAACUCCGCAAAGGGGGCGUCAAGGGCCUGUUUGAGGUCAGAGCAGCAGAAUACCUCGCCUCCUGCCCCGAACCCGAACCCAGCGGAGUCAACAAAUUCCUGAAGGGACUCGGGAACAAAAUGAAGUUCUUGCAGAAGAAGUGAGGGAUUGCCUAACGCAGAAGGAGGCCGGCGUCGAGCGCCGAGUGACGAAACCCGGCGCAGGAGGCUGUGAUUCAGCGAUCAGGCUGCGGCGAUCCCGUUCCUCUGAGAAAAAGAAGCGAUCAGAGGGGCGGAGAGACGAGAGAGACGAGAGGUCGAGCCCUGAAAACGCUCCUGCUGGGAGCGCCUGUGCAAUUUCAAUCGGUUGAAAAACUGGAAAUGGACUUUUGUAAACAAGCAACAAAGAAGGACUGAAUUAGAGCGGGAGGAAAGGGAGGAGGAGGAGGAGUGUGUGUCAUGUUACUGUUGUGUAAAGCAGAAAGCUUUGGAUUCGUGUCGUUUGUGCCGGAUUGUGUCGAUCUGUGAGCUAAUGAAGUAGUUCUCUUCACACUAACCCUGAUCUGAUCUGAUCUGAUCUGAUCUUUCUUCGUCUUUUCUGUGACUCUCAAAAAACAGGACAUUUUUAUUUUACAUUUUUUCUAUAUUUUACUCCUCGUUCUUUACUCCCAACUGCUUUCCAAACUGGAAAGUAUUAUUUUUAGAGAUAAAUAUAAAUGAUUGAGAUGAGGAGGUGCUUCUCAUCUCCUGCAGAAGUUGUGUAUAUUUAUAAUUCCUCUGAGGCACACUGAUUAUGCUUCUCGAUAGAUUUUUAAAAGUCUCUAAUUAUCCUUUUAUCUUAUUUUUCUUUUUAACAAACUAAAAGUUUGUGUUGUAUAAUGUCUGCGACGACAUAUUUCAAAAUGCUUUUAUAUUUGACAUUUUGUACAGUUUUAUAUGUGUGUUUUGUAUAACCAAGGAGCUUUUUUUUUGUCUUUUGUGACUUUUUCAAAUUAAAUGCUUUCAUAUAAAA